AUGGCUUCGCACAUCGACUUCCGCUACCUCGACGAGGGCCUCGGCGGCGCGCGCGGCAAGCGCAAGCGCCGGGAGGAGGAGGCGGCCGCCGAGUCCAUGGACGUCGACGCCGAGGUCCCCCGUCCAUCCAAGCUCCGCGCCGUCCCCUCCCUCUCCGACCCCUCCAAGCCGGCGGGCUUCGGGCAGCCCACCUACGACGGCGUCAUCGCCGGGCGCGUCUCGGGGCGGAGCUGGAAGGAGCCCCGCACGCGCCGCUCGUCCGCGCUCAUGGUCUCCCGGAAGCCCGUGCCGCUGGAGCAGCGCGUGCGCGACAAGUCCCUCAAGAGGGCGUACCAGGCGCGCAAGGCGGAGCUCAAGGAGGAGAUCCGCCAGAACAAGGCCGCCAAGCGCACCAGGCGGCAGGAGCGGGAGAAGCUCAAGAAGGAGAACGUCCUGCGCACCGGCUCCAAGCUGCAGAAGGUGACCAACCCCAAGACCAUCCAGAAGAUCGCCAAGUCCAAGAAGCGUCACCAGCUCAAGGUCGUCUCCGACGAGAUCUUUGGCAAGAAGAAGUCGGAGGACGCCCGCCGUAUGCAGGUGCCUGGCUUGGAGAACUGAGUAGCCACCUAUCCCUUUUCCUUUUUUCUCGCAUUGUGUGAUGUCGAAGUUUGUUAGUUCUAUGAGAAGUUUUUAAAAAUUAUAGAAGAAUGUAUUGCUCAAAAUUACAUUCUGAACCUAUUACUACCUUUACUCCUCCAGAUUACAUAAAGCUCGUGUUGAUGAUCUACCAUCAUCACCCAUGUCACAUUGUGGACAU